AUGGCCAAAUCUUCGGGAGCUCCGACUAAGGAGCGCUAUAUACCAAAUGGACUGAAAUUCGCUUUUGGUGGACUUGCAGGGAUGGCGGCGACAUGCGUGGUUCAACCUCUUGAUCUUAUCAAGACCAGGAUGCAGUUGAGUGGUGGGGGGCGUUCAUCUUUCGCGGUCGCCGGAGAGAUCGUAGCAAGGGAAGGAUUCUUUUCCCUGUACACCGGUCUUUCCGCCGGACUCCUCAGACAGGCAACUUACACAACUACUCGUCUCGGUGUCUAUAACUGGCUCUUUGACGCAUAUAAAGAACGUAACGCUGGCGCUGCACCGAACUUCGCCAUAAAGACGCUAUUGGGAGUCACCGCAGGCUCCAUCGGCGCAUUCGUGGGCACACCCGCCGAAGUUGCGCUGAUCCGCAUGACAGCCGAUGGACGCCUGCCCGUCGAGCAACGUAGAAACUACAAGAACGUCGUCGAUGCGCUCCUCAGGAUUGUUAAAGAGGAGGGUGUGUUUAAACUAUGGCGUGGAGCAACUCCCACUGUAGCGAGAGCCAUGGUGGUGAAUGCAGCUCAACUCAGCACUUACUCACAGGCAAGAGAGUUAUUCGUGGGAUACGUUCCGGACGGGGUAGUACUUCACUUCUGCGCCUCCAUGGUGUCCGGCCUCAUCACAACCUUAGUGUCAAUGCCAGUUGACAUUAUCAAGACCAGGAUUCAAAACGCGGCCAAGGGUCAAAGUCAAAUGGAGGUCGUGACAAACCUCCUUCGUAAUGAAGGAGUGUUUGCUCUAUGGAAAGGCUUCCUGCCCUACUACGCUCGUUUGGGACCUCACACAGUCCUCACGUUCAUAUUCCUCGAGCAGUUGAACGCUGCAUACUUCAAAUAUACGUAA